AGGCUAAAUAAGAUGAAGGUUUUAUUUUUAAGUACCAUCAUGGGAAUGCACACAGAAAGAUAUUUAAGCAAAAUAUGAUGAAGAUUUUAUUUUUAAGAAUGAAUAACUAAAGCUUGCAAAGAAAAUAUAAAAAACUAAAUAAAGUGAAGGGUAUUUUUGUAAACAAACAACUUGUUCUUAAAAUUUAUGCAAUGCAUAUUAUUUUGAAUACAACGAACUAUCCCAACAUAACUUAUCCCAUAUAACUAAUUCCAGUAUGACUUAUCCCAUCAUAACUUGUAUUCAAACUAAACGACCCCUUAGAUAUUAUAAUUCUCUUUCUGAAAUCUUAUAAUGUACUCAAACACAUCUUUUAAAUAUUGUUUAUGUUAUUUUUAAAAAUCUGUUCUUAUUAAUACAAGGGACACGCACGAGGCGCAUACAUUAUGACUAGUUAAAAAAAAAGGAAAAACUCAAAAAGGUUAGUGAAUUGAUUGCAAAUUUGCAAUAUGGCGUCCUCGAAAUCUGCGAACAACAUCUGACUUCUAUUUCAUUUCAGAGGAACACACUUUCUCUCGCUCAUUCCGCCUUUCUUCCUUCUUCCUCUUCAUUUUCUCUCCUAAAACCCUAAUGGAGUAUCCCUACUUCAUCAAUGGCCCCCAAACAAACCGAUCAAAAGCGAUGCAAUGGUUAUUAACUGCCGAAAAGCUCUUAGCAAAUCGUGAUCUAGUUGGUAGCAAGUCAUUCGCCAACGGUGCCCGUGAAUCCGACCCAACAUUAGCACCCGCUGCUGACCGAAUACUUGCCAUUGCCGAUAUCCUGAAUGCUGGAGACAAACGUAUAAACAAUGAACACUUUGACUACUACUCUAUCCUCCAAAUCCCUCCUAACCAGACCCAAAAUGCCGAUUUCAUGGCCGAGCAGUAUCGCCGGUUUAAUUUUCUUCUGAAACCUCAGAACGACAAUUUCCCGUUUUCUGAUCAGGCUUUCCGUCUUGUUGUUGAUGCAUUCACAGUUCUUUCUGACCCCUUGAGAAAAAGUAUGUAUGAUAAGGAGCUCGGUUUCUUCCUUAACCCUUACCCAAUUGUCGCUUCUACACCUACCCCUGUGCAUCAGAGUGUUUAUCCUUCAAUGCCCAGUUCGAAUGCAGACCAAAUGAUAAUGAAUUUUCUUACUCAAGAUCAAGGGUCACAUGCUGCUGGAAUAAGCUUCAGUGAAGACCCACAAGCUGGAAUUUCUAUGCCAGUGACAUAUCUUACUCAUGAACAAGAAACUGUGACCUCUAUGGCAAGUUGGCACAUUGAGCAGCAACCGCAACAACCUGUAACGUUUCUGAGACAACAAACACAACCUGUGACUUCAAUUUCAUUUUUGAACACAGAUGAACCACCUGCUACAUUCUUGAGUUUGAACCAACCACAGCCGGUAACCUCUGUGAGAAGCUUAAAUAGAGGAAACCCACAAUUUGGUAUGGGGUUGGGAUCAACACAAGGGCAAGAACCGGUGGUUACUGUAGAGCAGCAUGGGAAUCAACAGAGCCCGGAGAGAAAUGAGAAUGUGGUGGGAGUCAAUGCAAAUAAAUCUGCAAGUACUGGUGAUAAUGUGAAGGAGAAAGAAGGGAAUGUAGAUGCAUCAGGUAAGAGGAUACCGAGUUUCUGGACUGCAUGUCCUUAUUGUCUUUUUAUGUAUGAGUACUCUCUGGAUUAUACUAAUUGUACUUUAAGGUGUCAAAAUUGUAAGAGGGGUUUUCAAGCUGUACCAAUUGCAUCUCCUCCUCCAGUUAUUGAUGGAAAAAAUAGUAGUUUUUGUUGUUGGGGAUUUAUGCCUUUUGGAUUGUCUUUGGAGGAUUUUGAUAGAAAUACAGAUAACUCUUCGAGAUGGUCUCCAUUUUCUCCCAUGUUUACCUCUCCGCGAUUUGGGGGAAUUGGAGGGAGUAAUGUGAAUAAUCUUGGCAGUUCACUUAAUGCUGGUGGAUCAAUAAGUGGGAGUGGACAAAAGCAUUUUGCUCCAAGAAUAUGUGUUUAUGGUGAUGAUGCUGGUGUUUUUUUUGAGGCAUCAGAGUCAAGCGAGGACUCAGAUGUGGAUUGGAAUCGGAACAAGGAGAGGAAGAAAGCAAAGAAUGUGAAGCGAAAGAGUGCAAGGACUGGAACCCCAAGAAAAAAGGCCAAGAAACAGCACACUGACAAGGCAAAAACUGUUGAAGGGAAUAAUGAUGGCAAUUUGCAAGAUGGUUUAGCAACUGAAGGUGGCGUAGAAAUGCCCAUGCUGUAGCAGUCGAGUCAAGUAGCAGAGGUGUCACAAGUAAGACAAUAAGACACCUGGGAGGAUUGCAAAACACUUGAGGAAUUUGAUUUGUAUGUGGAGUUCAGUAAUGAGGUUGAAGAGCCUAUAAUUCAGAUGGGCCGAGAAAAUGAAGCAGGGGAGGGAGAGGAUGGUACUGUUGAUGUAAUAGGGUUUUUUGAAGGUCUUGAUGAAUUCUUAGUAGUUUUCCUAUACUUAAUGCUGUGGUUGGUGAUAAGAUGGAGGCUGCCUGUUAUCACUCCUUAGUCUCCGAGCAGUUUACAGUAGUAGUUGUUUGCUUGUAGUAGUUAUUUGCAGUUUCUCAUUCUAGUAGUAGUUAUUUCUUUGUAGUAGUUUGCAGUUUCUCAUUCCAGUAAUGUUAGGAAGUCAUGUCCAGUGUCCUAGUUUCUAGGGGUAGUUAUCUUAUAAGUAUUGUAUUUGAACUCUAUGUUUAUCAUGAAAUCUAAGCAGAAAAUUGUUCCAUUUUUUGAGUACUUUAACUCAAGAGAUUGCAAGUUCUCUCUUAAAGAACCAGCACCAUAGGUCGUAGGAAGAAAACAACAGAUUUCAUCUUGCAGCGUCCCAUUACUAGAUCCAUAACAGGGGACCGUAACACUGCCUAGCAAAGUAAGGCACUUCUUUGGUUGUAGUUGUUGCUUUAAUUUUUUGUCUCCUGGAUGCUGUAGUUAACAAUGGUGUAGAGUUACUCUGGCACUUGUUUUGAUGUUUCUAUUUUAAUGCUAAUUUGUUACUAUUCUCCUCCGAAGCAGAUUCAGUAAUCAGCUUACUUCUUCUAUCUCCAUGCUCCUUGAGUAAUCUUAUUAUUAGUUAUCAUAGUUUUCUUUAUAUUGCUUAGUUCUUCCAUUCUAAUAAGAUCAUGUUUUCAUUUUUAAGAGAUGAAAUGGGGCUAUCAUGGGGUCUCAUUUCCCACUAUAUGAUCAUUGUAAAACAAAGUUUAAUUGCAAGUUGAACUCCUGUCUGUGUCAAAAAUAGUCAUUGCAAGGUGACAACAAAAUAUCUUUCACUUUAGUUCUGUCCCUUGUUAUAGCAUGUGACAUCAAUGUUUUCGACAUCUGUAAAAUUAAUCUUUCAGCCUGGAAUGCUCUGAAAUGCUAAGCUCCAACAAUACUCUCAUUUGAGUGUGCUCUUUUUUAAAUAUUCAUGUUUUGUUUUAUAUGUGAUUGGUUGCUUUGAAUUUGGAUCUCCCAAGUUUUUUGUGAUGAUGGGUCCAUGUUUGAUAUUGCUGGUCUUUGAUGUUUCUUUUUCUUAUUCCUAAAUGAUAAUUUUGCUGAUACAUGUGUGCUGCAUAUUGUUCAUUUAUAAUCUCAUGCAAAAUGUAGAUAUUAAUUUUUCAUGAGAAUCAUCACUUUUUUCGGAGUAAUUUCACUUUAUUUUAAAAUCAAUGUUUGGUUAUAAAAUUUCCAAGUCCAACUUGGAGUUGGAUUCCAAAUUUGGAAAAGUGCUUCAAACCUGUUUUCCAACUCUUAUCUUCAUAAAAUCCCAAAAAAGUGCUCUCUUCUAUCUUUUGCAAAACGUAUAACCUAACAUAACUCCAUCUUCAUAUAAAAUCCAAUAAAGUGAAAAAUCUUUUGAAUCUAUGCCCAAACGCCUACUAAAUUACAAUUCAAAACUAAUCCAUGAAUCAUAGUCAUAGACAUAAAGAUUUCAAUCACAUCAGACGCGGGUUUGAGCCCUAUACUAAGCAAAUUAAGCCUAAAAUUAGGAUUGGUUCUUUCAAGUGCUGAUGAUAGAGUCUUGAGCUAUGAUGAGAUGGAGAUAGUGGAAGUAGUUUCUGAUCGGGAGGCUGUGGCUUUGUCCCAUGCUACUGUUCUUGAAGAGUCUCAGACAACGAGGGAGAAACUAGAAAUGAGAAAUUGUGUGCUGCAGCAGGCUAAAGACUAAAUAGAAUGCUAUGAAGGCAAGCCAGACAAGGACUUUGUUUCUGAAGGUGAUGAACAUUGGAAUGAGGGGGCGGAUGCACUCAAAUUUGGGUUUUCUCUCCAUAUUUCAAGACGAGAAAGCAAGCUUUGACCAGAAGAUUUUUUUUAACACAAUGGUGAAAACACACACUUUUCUCUCCACAUCAAAAAAAGUUGCGAUAGAGAUAUCUUCGAAAGAUGCUGGAAGGUUUCCAGUAGAAAUGAGUCACUUUCAAUUGCAUUUACUGGUCAGGCGGACUUCUUGUCUUGUUAAGUGCUUGUGUAUCAAUAAGGGCUUUGGAUUUUCUACAGAUGUUCCUACUUCUUUGCCUAAUCAGGUGAUGGGCGAUGAGAAGAGAGUAUUUUAGGUUUUGUUACAUAUGGUAGGACAUUUAUUAAAUGUCUGCAUUGGACAAGGCUCUGUUAUAUUUGGAGUUGUUUUAGAGACUGGAGCUGAUGGUGGGAAUGACAGUUUGAGGUACAAGAAGAUAAUGCACAACAGAUGAAUAUGUGACAAUAAAAUCAUAUAUUGAGGUUAGUCUUGAAGGCUUUCAAAUCAGAUAGCUCAAUCUCCAAUUCAUUUUGGUGAAAGACGGCAUAACAUCAGGGAGGUGUUGGAGGGCUGAAGUUUCAGCAUUUGCAAAAAGAUCGUCCAGAUGAUGCAGGGAAAUAUAUGGUUGUCCUUGAAUGCCCAGGGCCAUGUGCAAGUGAUGACACUCAUUCUGUGAUUUCAAGAACAGUUAAUCUUUUAGGAAACACAUGUUUAAAUAGAAACCAGCUCAAUGUUCAGAGGCCUUCAUGUACUCCUCGCUUAUGAUGAGACGCUUAAUGAUGUAAAUAGACUGGUAACCAAAAAGUGUUUCAACCGGUUUUCAGUGCCUGAGUGCUCUAGAUCCUUCACUGACAACCUUUCAAGUUGUCAGCCAGGAUCUUCAAAUGCCAGGAAUGGAUGAAUUUGAAGUAGCAUUGAGGGUGCGUAAGUUCUUCAGCCGUAGUUGGCCAUUGAUCAUAACCCUGACUGCUAGUUCAGAGGAACACGUAUGGUAUCUGCCUACAGGUGGGAAUGAAUGGUCUAACAAGGAAACCUGUUCUCGUACAAGGCUUAGCCGAUGAACUUCAACGACUCCUUCAAAGGGGUGUUGGUGAUGGCUUGUGGGGUGUAGUACUAAUGGUGAAAAGCAAACUUCAAAAGGUUCCUGGAGACCUUAAUAUCAUGCCCCCUUGUGGAGAUUGCAUUACAUCUUUGUUAGAGCAAAUCAGCUUCUUCCUAACGAUACGUCUACUUGCAAUUCAGUUUACUUGGCAUAUGUUGAAGUGAUAAUGUCAAGAUAGUGGUAUGGGUUCCAUCAUUUUUCCCCCAAUAAACAGGAAGGAUGUUACUGAUUUGAAGAGAGACUUUUAAUCCUUGCAAGCUGAUACCAGCUUCUCACCCAUGAUCUCAAUUAAACCUUGUGGAAGUCUUAAAGCUUGAAUAUUGCACCUGACACAUUGUUAGUUUUGGUUACAAACAUCAUUAAACUU